GUUUCGGGGUGUCCCUGAGGCUCUCGCCCCCCAGGAUGGCGCCGUGGGGUGCUGGGGGGAUGGAUGUCGGUUUCGGGGUGUCCCUGAGGGUCCCGGCCCCCCCCAGGAUGGCGCAGGAGGUGCAGUACGAGCCGGUGGCCGAGCUGGGCGUGGGCGCGCACGGCGCCGUGUUCAAGGCUCGGGACCGGCUGAGCGGGCGCUUCGUGGCGCUCAAGAACGUGCGGGUGCCCACGGGGGGGGCCGGGCUGCCCCCCAGCACCGUGCGCGAGGUGGCCCUGCUGCGGCGCCUCGAGCACCUCGAGCACCCCAACAUCGUCCGGCUGAUGGACGUGUGUGCCAGUGCCCGCACCCCGCACGAGGCCAAGGUCACGCUGGUGUUCGAGCACGUGGAGCAGGACCUGAAAACCUUCCUGGAGAAAGCGCCGGCGCCGGGGCUGCCCCCCGACACCAUCAAGGACCUGAUGCGGCAGUUCCUGCGCGCCCUGGACUUCCUGCACGCCCAGCGCAUCGUCCACCGCGACCUCAAGCCCCAGAACGUGCUGGUGACCAGCGCGGGCCAGCUCAAGGUGGCCGAUUUCGGGCUGGCCCGGAUCUACAGCUGCCACAUGGCCCUGACCCCUGUGGUGGUGACACUGUGGUACAGAGCCCCCGAGGUGCUGCUCCGGGCCGCCUACGCGUCCCCCGUGGACAUGUGGAGUGUCGGGUGCAUCUUCGCUGAGAUGUUCCGCAGGAAGCCGCUGUUCUGCGGGACGUCGGAGGCCGAUCAGCUGGGGAAGAUCUUCGAGUGUGUGGGGCUGAUCGGGCUGCCCCACGAGGACGAGUGGCCGCAGGACGUGGCCCUGCCCAGGGACGCCUUCGCCCCCUGCGCCCCCCGCGAGCCCCGGGGGGAGGUCCCCGAGCUGGGGGACAGCGGGGAGCAGCUGCUGCUGGCACUGCUGACCUUCAGCCCCCACAAGCGAAUUUCGGCUCACGAGGCCCUGGGGCACCGAUACCUGCAGGGGGGGGACGAGGGGUGACACCCCCCCACCCCCAAAAACACCCCUGAGCACCCCCCAGGGCGCUCGGACCUGCACGGUGGAACUGUGGGGUGACACCCCCCAAAAACACCCCCUAAGCCCCUCCCACUGGUCCUCGUGAGGGGGGGUGAGGGGUGUCCCCCCCCCAAACACCCUGAACCCCCCCGGGGACAGCAGGACUGGGUUUGGGGGGAAACCCCCUUUACUGGGGUGGGGGGGGGGGUGGUUUUGGGGUCCCCCGUUUGUCUGCCAAUAAAGGGGAGUGGGCAGCACCCCCCCCAACCUG